AUGAUGUCCAUGAACAGCAAACAGCCGCACUUCGCCAUGCAUCCCUCUAUGACCGAGCACAAGUACACCACCCUGCAUUCCAGCUCGGAAGCUAUAAGGAGAGCCUGUCUACAAACUCCACAGCUGCAGAGUAACAUAUUUGCAAGCUUGGAUGAGACCCUGCUGGCCCGGGCUGAGGCUUUGGCGGCCGUGGAUAUCGCUGUGUCCCAGGGCAAGACGCACCCGUUCAAGCCCGACGCCACCUACCACACGAUGAGCACGGUGCCAUGCUCGUCGACAUCCACCGUGCCGCUAGCCCACCAUCAUCAUCACCAUCACCACCAUCAUCAGAACCUGGAACCCCAGGACAUCAUGGACCACAUCGGCUCGCAGUCCCUGUCCCUGAUGUCCAGUGCGCACGACGGGGCCGGCGGAGGAGGUGGUGGAGGCGGCGGAGGUGGCGGCGGAGGGCUCAUCUCCACCUCCUCUGCCCACCCGCACUCUCACAUGCACGGCUUGAGUCACCUCUCCCACCAGGCUAUGAGUAUGAACUCGCCUCUCACCCACCACGGGCUCUUACCGGGCCAUCACGGGGGGAGUCAGGGAGGCCCUGGGCUCACUAACACCGGACUGCCCUCCAUCAAUGACUCGGACACAGACCCAAGGGAGCUGGAGGCUUUCGCGGAGCGCUUCAAGCAGCGGAGGAUCAAGCUGGGGGUGACCCAGGCGGACGUGGGUGGUGCACUGGCUAAUCUCAAAAUUCCCGGCGUGGGAUCACUGAGCCAAAGUACAAUUUGUCGAUUCGAGUCGUUAACUCUUUCCCACAACAACAUGAUUGCGCUCAAACCCAUCCUCCAGGCCUGGCUGGAGGAGGCCGAGGGGGCCCAGAGGGAGAAAAUGAGCAAACCUGACAUUUUCAACGGGGGUGAAAAGAAACGCAAGAGGACCUCGAUAGCGGCCCCCGAAAAGAGGUCUUUGGAGGCUUACUUCGCCGUACAGCCUCGGCCGUCGUCCGAGAAAAUAGCAGCUAUAGCUGAAAAGUUGGACCUGAAAAAAAAUGUGGUGCGAGUGUGGUUUUGCAACCAAAGACAGAAGCAGAAGAGGUUGAAAUUUUCCGCUGCUCACUGA